AUGUCUCUCGCUUACCUUGUGGCUUUCGUUUCCGUAACGGUAUGCGCGUCGACGCCGACGGUAGAAAAUCUCGUAAACACAGAAGUGAUAGAAUAUUUGCAGAGAUACGGUUACCUAAACGAGGCAGAUGUAACUACUCACACGUCGAUCGAGGAUGAAAAAAUUAAAGAGGUUAUCGCAUUAUUUCAAGAAUACUAUCAAAUACCAGGUAACGGUAUAUUGAACGAUAAUACGUUAGAUCAAAUACGAAAACCUCGAUGUGGACUUCCGGAUAUGCCACACCAGGAACAAAAUACGGCUACAGUAAAAUGGAAAAAAACGCAUCUUACGUGGAACUUUCACUUAGCGGACGCAAAUACAUUGAAACUCGCGACAUACGCAUUCUCAAUAUGGGCGGCGAACACGUCUCUAACAUUCGAACGUAAAACGUUAAAUCCAGAUAUUUUGAUAUCAUAUCGCGGAGGAAUUCACACAUACAUUGACAGCAGACGCAAGGAAACGAUCUGCUCCGGAUUAUCGCACAAUUCGCGCGUGGAUUCUCUAAUGUUUCCUUACGCCACCGAUAAAUCCGUUACACUCCGUAUAGAGGACAUUUUAGCUAUUCAACGUCUAUAUGGAAAAAAUCCUAAUGAAGUACCGAGUAAACGAUCUCCACCGGUAACUACAGACACGCGUAAGACAUCAACGCAAGAUCUGUGCGAUCUACCAUACGUGGACAAUGUACUGGUGUUGAAAUAUCACAUAUUCGUCACUUAUCGAAGGAGCAUAUGGAUGAUAGCCAUCAAUGAUUAUCCGAGUUUACAAUUGAAAAAUGGUUGGCCGAAAACGUAUUCCGACCUAAACUUUCCCGCAGAAAUGCGCGUUAACGCAGCAUUAGUCACCAACCGAGGACAAACGUACGUGAUCUUCGAUGGCGACAGCGUAGCGUUAAUGAAUGAAUGCGACAUGACUAUUAGUGAAUAUCACUCGUUAAAAUCGAUAUUUCCGGGAAUACCACCAUCUCCGACUGUAGCCUACCGAUAUAUCGACGGUUCUCUUUAUUUUCUACAAAAUCGUCAAUAUUACAAAUUCAACGAAUUCACCAGAACGGUAACGAAUGUCGACAAUUUCGACAUGAAAAUACUCAACGUAAAUUGUCCUGCAGACGGACUGCUAAGACAAUUGCAAGAUCUUCUUAAUCGACUGCUCCAAUCAAGUAGUUUACUCGAAAACACAGCAGAGGAUACAUUGGACGAAUAA